AUAACAUUUGUAUACUAAACUCUGUUCUGUAACAGUUUACUGUUGAUUCUUAUUGGACUCCUUAAACAAAAUUGAAAGGUCCUGAAAUUGUAUGUCCUUAUUUUAUUCAUCUUUUCAGAUUCAACAAACUAUAGAGUGUACAAGAACAAGGAGACGAAAAGACAAUGUCUGUGGAUUACAACUCCUCAUUUUAUCAGUACUGUCAGGAUGAAGUGUUUGCAGAAAACAUUUCAUUUGAUGAUAACCUUCAUUGGUUCCUUAUACCCGCGGUAGCUGUUAUCGCCCUUCUUUCUUUCAUGGAGAAAAGGAAAUAUUUAAAACCGAAUCUUCUCGGAGGACGGCCAGCAUUAGUGAGUCCGUUUGGUUUUCUGGACGAGCCGAGAAACCGAUGGGGCAUGAUGUUUGUAUUUGGUGCUGUGACUGGGAAUUUUGUCAAAGUUUCUGGGAAAAUUUUGACAAACGAAGUUUCAAAGUGGGCUAAAGUGUUUUUUGUGUACAUCCUUAGUCUGGAAGUGAGUGUCAUAUCCUACCCGUUAUUUGCCUGUAUGACAAAUAGACACAAACUCAUUGGAAGCAUUACAGGUCUUCUGUACGCAAUGGGAUGGUUUGGUUACGACCUUUUUUGUACAAUACAGACUGCUAGAUGUUAUUCACAGUUCAAUGACCCAUCGGUGAAUGAUGACACGAAAGGAUUCGUAAUAGGGCUCGAAGUACCUAUUCUGUUAUGUAACUUCUUAGUUGUUCUCAAAUUUUCUUGGAAAAUCUACAAAUGUUUCAAGAAAGGGAUUUACAGUGACAGCGAUCAGGAGCAGUCCAAGCUGUGUAAAAGUUACCAUCUUACUUACGUUAAGUAUUUGGUAAAGAGAAUCAAUCUUCAUCAAUACGAUGGAAAACGACUGCCUUUGGUGGAAAAGAUCCGAAAUAUGAUUAUGCGCCCAGUUCCUGGAUUCCGAUUCCCAAUAUCAAUUAUGAUCACAGUGUUCAUGUAUGCUGUCAUGCUAUAUUUGGUGAGUAUUGUCCCAUCUGUGUACAGACUGCUUGGCGGUGGAAUAUUUUGAUCGUUGUUCGUCCGUCUGCAUUUUACUUGUGAUUACAUUUUGUCCACAUCUUUCUUGAGCAGUCUAAGAGUGAGGUAAGGUGCAUCAUUUACCGGUUUAAACUCCAAAGUGGUCUU